AUGUACGACGAGACUCCGAUGCCAGUGCGGUUGAGGGACAGGAUCGAGGAACUUCGAAAUGAGGAAAUGUUUCGUGGUUUUCAGCAGUCAUCCUUGUGGAACUGGAGCGAUGGCGUCAUUCGGUUCUCGGAGUCUGGCCCCGCGAAGCUGUUCCAAGUCGAAAGUGUUUGGGGAGCAUUGGCAUCGAUCGAGGACCAGGGGGCCGUUCGAUUCAUCAUGUUCACGGGAAAAGCACUGUCAAAUCUCCAAGUGUUCGACCGAGUAACUGGGGAGACAACUCGCCAAGGGCUCAGGCAGAUCUGGACGACAUCUCACAUGUGCACGGAGUACGGUCAGCGUACCCGCGGAUCUGUCACGGACCGAGGGGCCGCGAAUGGAGCCGCCGAGCGUGGAAUUAGAUGUGACAAUCUUGGCUGGCAACACUUGCACUUGGACUGCCGCGCCCAUCUCGCAGCGCUCGUGUUUGGCAAGGCGUGUUCGGCGUGUGAAUGGCUCGUCACGGGCAUGAUCAGGACCGCGCUGGCUACGCACAUGGCGGGGUCCAUGAGCCAUUUCAGAAGAUGCUUGAAGUUGCAGAUUCGUUCGAUGGUGCAAUUCACUACUGGGGAGCCUCCAACGGAAUACGGCUUGCAUGUGCGACGCGUUGUAGCUAUGUACGGGAGGUCUGGUCACAACCUAGUUCAACGACUUGUGGUGUUGAGAAUGUUACCCAACGGCGAUUGGACGGACAAGGCUCGCAUCGUCAUCUACGCGCCUGCGUUGCCGCGGGAUGAUGCCCAAGCGAAGCUCUGGACUGAUCGCAUUGUCGCUGGCUUGUGCUUCGCGGUGUGCCCACCCGCGUUCAAGAAGUUCUCUCGGAACAGGUGGUUCGGCAAAGAGGUCAGUCUCGACCAAAUCGGAUUGCUGGAGCAUUGCCACGGCCUUUUCUCGAGCACGUUCAGGAGGUGGGUAUCGGAAGUGGACGGCGACCAGAAGAGGAAGCGGACCGCAGCUGCUUCUGCAGGUCCGUUCGCUGCCCCUGGAGUCCCUGGAGAUCAGCCAGUUCUUGCCCUUUGCGACGCCCCAGGGGAUGCCUUUGCUGAUCCUGGCGCAGAUGGUGCUGGCGACGGUGGCCCGCCCCUCGGCCACGAGGAUGCGCAGCCACAACGUCCAGACGAUGCCGAACGCGUGGUGGUGGAGGUGAACGCCCACGAAGCCCGGGAGCGUGUAAACUCUGAACAUCGAAGGCGUGCUAUGGUCUUCGCGAGUACCGAGUUUCUGCAUCACUUGGACGUCAUGCGGAUCGUCAUGGUCCCAAUCAUGGAGAUGUUCAGGGAGUUCGAUUUCCUCGGCGGUGAUGCUUGGGAGGAACGCCAGAGAGCGGUUGAAGCUGAGGCGCUUCGCCUCGGAGUUGGUGCGGAGGCUGCUCAAGCUCGGAGGACAUAUCGUAUCGUUGUGUGUGCCAAGGGGUCUGUGGAACAGACUUUCUUCAAUAAGCUGAAGUUCCUGUACAAUUCAUCGAUCAUGUGGCGAACCAUUGAGGGUAAGCACUGCACUGAGUUGAUCAAUGCGUAUGUAUUCAAGACCAUGUCUCGAGCUGGUGCCAAGGCCGAGUGCGAGAUUGCUGCUCUGCACAGGCGUUACCCCUAUCGCGCGUUCUUGCUCAUAAGCGAUCCAACCAUAGCAGACGAGAUGAUCCGCGAGCCCGACUGCAUCGCGGACCCUUUCUGGAGAGAGUUUCGGAAUGCGAAUCCAGAUUUGAAGUCUCCGAGUACAAGGGCUCGGCUGGUGCUCUUGGCUUUACUGCGCGUCCCAAGCAUCGUGAGGAUCGAGGUCAGGGACUUCCAUGCGCUUGCCGCCCAGUACAGGGCCAUCACCGACGAGGAACGCGAGUACUUCAGGAGGCUCGGCGCAGAGGGCACGCAGAAGCAUUCCGAGACUCCCAACGGCCGAAGCUUCGGGCCCACUGUCAGGGAUGUGGAGAGGGCGGCAGCUAGAUCACAGAAGCAUGAUAUGUGCGAAGCCUUACUGCGUGACAUACAACGUGAUGAACUUCAGAGGGAUGCAUCGCUGGCCAUUGCGGACUCCGUUGUCGCCAGGAGCCGUUCGUGGCAGGAUGGAGAGCACCUGGCGAAGAUGGCGAAGAAGACUUUGAGCGAACACAC